CCCAUAGGUCCCCCAAGUACUUGAGAGUGCUUGAGAGUUGAGAAUCGCUUUGAAGUCAUUUGGAGUUAUCUAACAAAAACCACCGAAUCAUCAGCUUAGCAACAACAAAGUGAUACAUUACAAAAGACAGCCAACAAGAUAUUAUCUUUUUUAAAAAAAUCUCAAGCUACGAGAUAAAAAAUGCCAGUUGAAAGUGCAUAUGUGGUUUGUCCACUUGAUGUCCACCAUGUUAUAUUAAAAAAAAGGAUUCAAACACAUUUAACAAAAUGUGAAAGACAACAUGAUAUGACUAAAAAAUCAAAAUGUCCAUAUAAUUUAACACACAUUGUUGACACUAUUGUCUUUCCACAUCAUCUUGAAACAUGUCCAGAUGCAAUAAGUGUUCAUCAGUACACUUACAACACUGAUCAAAAACCAUUGGCUGGAGUAUUAACACUUGAAGAAGUUAUAAAACACCAGGAAGGUCUAGACUUUGGUGAAGAAAAUUGGGACAGUGCAAAAACUGGACCAGGAUAUGAUCCAAAUAAAACCAUUGGUGAAAAAAUGAUUAUCAGACAAUUGUCUGUAGCAAGUAAAAAAGAAAGAAAAGAUUUUCGUUUGGCAGAACGUAAACGACAUCAACUUGGUAGUGAUACAUCAAGUUAUGAUGGUAGAUUAUCAUCAAUUUAUGCUGGAUCAGAAUUACAAUUGCCUAAUAAAAUGAGACUCCCAAGAAGUCAAUCAAAAACCAUGUCAUUGGAAAGUAUAUCGAUGGGAAAACUUAAAAGAGAAUUGCUUAGUGCUUCACAACAAAAUCUUCAAGACACAUCAACUGUUGUUGAAGAAGCUGAUGUUCCUGCUACUAAAAAAUUAGAAAACAAAGAUUCUAAUGAAAAACUGGUUGAUAAUAUUACUGAUGAUUUGGAUAAAAUAAAAUUAAAUGAUCAGGUAAAUAAUGUUGAUGAUGAUAAAGAAAAAAGCAAGAAGAAACUUGUUGAAAAACUUUCACGUCUUAGACGUCUUGCUCCAAAAUUUCCAAGUGUUGUUGAUGUUGAUGAAAAAAAUUUAACUAAAAUACCUGGUGAGUCAUAUGCUGUUCUUGCACCUUGGUCAUCAUCCAAAUCUAUCAACAAUAAUUAAAUUCAAAGUAAAUUACUGUUUUCUUUUUUAUUUUAUCAAUUUAGAAUUAAUUUUUUCUUAUGGAUUAACUCAUCAACUUGUCGUUAUAUUAUUAUAAUUUUUUUAUAACAUGUUAACAAACAUUUAUCUA